AAUUAUUGUCACACAAUUAUUAUCAUUAUGAAGGAACUAGUGAAAAUGAGCGACGUGGUGGCAACCUUCAUGAAACACCUCAACAGCACCGGACUCUACUCUCCACAAAAACCGAGCUACAAAGGAAAACUCACCUACCUCGUACUAAUCUACGUAGUCUUCGAAGUACUCUACGUCAUGAUCAACAGCUGGAAGACUUGGGACUUCAACUCCCGGGUGACAGCUUUAGAAAACCUUAACUUGGCCAUCGGAAUCUUCAACAUAGCCACGGAACACAUGCAUCUGCACGACAGAAAAUACAACCAAAUACAGCUGAUGUCGUCUCAACUGUAUUUGUAUGACGUCAGAGAAGAUGUACCCAAUACAAUGUCUAUUCAAUCUAUAUUCAAAGAGAAGGAGGUAUUCGUGGAGUCGAUGGAGAAAGACAGCAUAAAACUGACAAAUAUUAUAGUGACGUCAUUGAGGUGGUAUUUUAUUGGCUACUUGAUGUCAUCGCUGUUUGGAUUGGUUUUCUACGUCAUCAGUGACGAUUUCAACAGUCUCUCAUUGCCUAUAGUAUUCUACAACCCAUUCACCCCAUCUCCGAGCAUAUCAUUCAUGAAUUUCAAACAGUACGUCCUCAUCCUGUUGUUUGAGCUGUGGUACACCCACCUAAGCUUUACACUGGUCAUCACCAUGGGAGGAUUCUACUUUCUAUCCACUGAUAACGUCACAAGAGAAAUGAAACUGUUCCACAUGAAUCUGAAGGAGUUGAACUUGAAUUUCAAAUCAAUAGAGGCUGCAGACCAGAAAUGUGAUGAAAGAAAUUAUGAAGCGUUGAAACCGAUUUGCAGAAGAGUAUUUGCGCAUCAUCAGCUAAUUUACAAAAAAGUCAGAAUGUUGAACAAGGGACUUGAUUUCAUAGUCAUGUAUUACAACCCAUUCAUAUGUUUUCAACUAUGCCUUGCUAUAUUCUGCAUCGUGAAAGUUGACUUGAUCUUCAAAAUAAAAUACGGUUUCGCAUUUUUCACAGUCCUUCUCAUGUCAUUCAUAUAUUGCGAGAAAGGACAAUCUUUGGAAAACGAGGGAGAGGACUUACGAGACGCUCUUUAUAGCUGUAAUUGGGUUGGCAAACCUGAUUGGUUCUGCCGAUCUCUGAUGAUACUCAUGAUCCAGAAUAAUCAGAUUCCAAAGAUUGAGACUUUCGGUAUUCUGACACUGAACAGGAAAAACUUAAGAGGGAUAAUGCAAGCAGUUUACUCCUAUUUCAAUCUGCUCAUGAGAUUCUCCAAGUAAUGAAAUUUGAAGUAGCAGGAAAAGGGCCAACCCUCUCUGUUGGAACAUGAGAUUUUCCAGAUAAGAGAAUUGAAAACUCUCAAGAGAGUUGGAAGUCGUUGAAGGAUUCAUCAAUCAAGGAUUGCAAUCUUGUAAUUUGUAUUAACAAUGAACA